AUGGCUUUCGACGAUGACGACGACGACGUGCUAACGCAGGUGUCUCCGGCCACGGCACAGGCAGCUGCCGCCACAAACAACCCCGAAGCUGCCCGGCAGGCGGCCGAAGACGCCCUCGAAGACGAGGAGGCGCACGACUUCCGGUCCUUCGCCGCCUCGCUGAGCAAGAAGGGCGUCUCGUCCCAGUCGAUCCGCAAGGGCGAGAAGGACUUUGAAGCCCACGGCACGCGCGCGCAGGAGAGCGCGCUCGAACAGAGCAGGCGCGUGUUCGAGGAGGUCCUGAGCUAUACUCGUGUCCACAAGGCCGGCACGUGGGUGAGGGGAUGGUACUUUCCCGAUACCUGGGUGGAUGCGCCGGCCGAGGGAGAUGACGGUGCGCAAGGGGAUGCAGAAGCUCCGAGUGCGGCAGCUGGGAAGUCAAAGGCUGUGCGGCCGGCCCUGGCACGAGAGAGGGUCGUUGUCGUCGAGGACAUCCGAGGCACACUGCUGUCCUCAAUGGGGAGAGUCAUUCCCGGGACCAAGAGAGACCAGCCCGCGUUUGGGAAAUUGUGGUUGCUGCCAGAAGAGGCCCUGUUCCUCCUAGAGAGAGGAAAUCUGGACCUCUGGUGGCCUACACGGAAACUCGAAGAACUGUUCCCUGCUCAGGGCUCGGUCUCAGACGGCGAAGGAACCGCCAGUCCGCCCAAGUCUGUGCUGGCAACUGCCGAGGAUGAGUUUGAUGUUGGGCUGCCUUUGAGCUUGCAAGCAGCCUACUCGCUGCUCAUAGGUCAGGAUGGCGAGAGAGGCAAGAUCUCGCUUCAAAAGUACCAAGUCUACUCUCACCUGAAGAGGGCUGGUCACCACGUCCACCGGGCCGUCGCCUUACCACCGUCGCCAACACUACGCGGCGUGGUUCAGCCUACAAGUGUAUGGCAGUGGCUUUUCUCGCUCUUGUCAUCGAGCCAUAAGCAGAGACCACCACCACUCGGUCCGCUUGUCAGACCUGGAAUCUACCACUCUUACAAGCCCAUUUACGAACAGCUGUACAUCAUCCCCCGUCAUAAGCCGACCCCGGAACCGUCGCCAUCGACAGCACAAGUCCAGGAACCAUUCAAGGUCUUCUUCCAUAUCUGGAAAUCCGGCGGCGUCGCCAACUUUUCGGUGACUCGCCCGCCGCCGCCCGAUUUCUACCUAGCCGUUGUCGAUGCCCAGGAGACGGCCCUGCCGACUCUGGGGGAAAUCUCGGCGCUGCUGGACUCGACCCCGUGGUGCCCGCCCACGAAUGAGAAGUGGAAGGCGCCGCACUUGUUCCACCCGCGCCUGAAGCACGGCUUCCGCAACGUGCUGGUGGCAAUCAACGACCACGGCAUCAUCAAUUAUAUGCGAUUCGGAGAGGGCGCAUUCGGCGAGGAGUCGCUGUCCCAUCGGUUCGACUGGAAGACCGGGCCUCGGGGUGCCAAGCAGGGAGGCGGGCGCGGUCGGGGAGGACACCGAGGCGGUCGUGGCAGGGGAGGCCGAGGGAGGAGGUAA